AUGAUCAAACUUCCAUUUCAAAUCGUAAAUUUUCUUGGUGUUGUCUUCCUGAAUAACUUCGAGAAGAGACCCAAGCUAAGACAAUCGCUACACGAGUGCCCGUUUUUGUGUUUCCGUGUGGUCACACGAGGUCUGUAUCCUGACCUUGUCCAAAAGAACGUCCAACUCAAUCUUCAGACUUGCCAGAACUUUGGUCUUAAAAAUUUUGUGAUUCAAGUCGUCAGCGACAAGGAAAUAAAUCUUUCAACAAAUAAAGAAUGCUGUGAACUAAUUGUUCCAGUGAAUUAUAAGACAAAACAUGGUACACUGUUUAAAGCUAGGGCGCUACAGUAUGCUCUCGAGCCCGAGAUUGACAUUCUAAAGCCUGGGGACUGGAUCGUUCAUCUAGACGAGGAGACGUUGAUGACGGAGGAUUCCCUGAUCGGAAUCAUCAAUUUCACAGUUGCCAAAACUCAUUCUUUUGGGCAAGGCGUCAUCACGUACAACAACGGAGAGAUCGUAAACUGGAUAACAACACUGGCAGACUCUGUUCGGGUGGGAACGGACUACGGUUAUAUACGAUUUUGUUUAAGAGUUUUGCAUCGCCCUUUAUUUUUCCUUAAAGGAUCCUUUCUUGUGGCUAACGCAGAGGCAGAAAAGAAAAUCAGCUUUGACCACGGGCCUGAAGCUUCCAUCACUGAGGACAGUUUCUUUGCGUCUCUUGCCCACAGUCAAGGGUUUAGCUUUGGGUUCGUUGAGGGAACGAUGCUUGAACAAAGUACAUUUACCAUUCAUGACUUUGCCAAACAGAGACGUCGUUGGAUGCAUGGGGUUUUCUUAACAGCUGUUAGCAGUAAAAUCCCUGUUAGAUACAACUUCGGACCCAUUUUAAUCAGUUUGUCGAGCUGCUUCGUCCCUUUAAACACUUUGCUCAUUAUAUUAAUGCACGUUUUGGUCGCGCCUCUACCGCACUAUCUCGUCGUCUCUUCUAGUUUCACGUUAGGCACAACUAUUUUCUUUGCCAUCUUUGGGACUUUCAAAACCUUUGAAGUACACAAGCAUGGGCUCAGAAAAUGCAUCCUUUUAAUCUCGGCCUCGGUUGUGUGUUGCUUCUUGUCCAUUGUAAUAGAGCACUGGAAUUCUGUUGCUGUAUUCUGGCAGCCAAGAAGUACAAUGAAUCGUUUUCAUUUUUAUAUCGUUAAAAAAGAAAUUGCUUUAGAGGAUUCCACCAAGCGUAAUUAAAAUAACAUGUCAAUGUAUAUAUACCUCCUCCUUCGUGGUCGAAGAUGAGCACAUUUCUCAUUUCUAAUGAACUCGAACAAGAAUGUUAAGUCCAAUCUUCGCUUUAAAAAGUUUUUUUUUGUUGUCUCUGCGCUCUUUCAUGUUGGCCACUCUCCUUUGCUUCGUAUAUCGUGGACUCCAAAACUCACGGCUUCAAGCCAUGAGAAACAAUCGAGAGGUAAUAUUAUUU